AUGUACUGUGUGUUCUGAAUGUAAAAAAUGUAAUAUAAUAAAGUAACUGCAACUCUGGAUAUAGUGGAUUUUGUUUAAAUCUCAAAUCGUAUAUUGCCCCGACAGCUUGAAAGAAUAAAAUAAAAACAAUCUUUAAAAGCAUCAAGUUUAAAUAAAAAUGUACUAAUUCAAGGAAACACAGAGAGAAGUUUCCAAGUCAAAACCUAAAUGUUUAAAAUUGUUUUUAUGAAAAAGAUUGAAACUUACUGAUGAGUUUUACAUUAAAAACUGACAUCUGGAGACUAUAAUGUCAAAAGUAUUAUUGAAACAAUAAUAACUAAGUUAAAGAAUCAAACAAGAAAGCAUUAUGAUGUAGCAAUUUAAAGCAAAACAUAAAAGAGACUUGUGCUUUCAUUUUUUAUCUUUGCUUCAAACAAAGUGUAUAAAGAUGAAGAACAUUGGAGGAUUCAUUUUCUUUUCCAUCUCCAUAUAACCCAUCUUCUCAAGUUUAUGUUUUUGGGUCCCAGCUUUUUGGUCCACAGGAACAUGUCUAGUAGAGUCAAACAUCUUUAAAAUCUACAACAGAUCUGUGAAAACCUAAAUUUCAUAUAAAAACCCUCCUUACCGUUACAGCAGAAUAUUCCACCGUGUGCAAUAGUUUUGAUAUGUUUCUGUCCGCUGCGCAUGUGAAUAUAUAUGCACUUUGAAGUCCUCUCAGCACAUUUUUGGCACAUUAUGUUACUUUUCCAACUAAUGUGCCAUUUUUGGAGAAGACAGGCUCAAAACGAUUCACCUGAACUUGGCAAUGGCAUGAGAGGCUGGGAGAUCUAGACUUUAAAAGCAGAAAGAAGUGAAGAAAACACACAAUUUUUUCGCAUGUGACACAAUCAUUGCAUUAAAUUUCCGUCAGCAACAUAAUACACUCUUAAGACAGAAACAGGUGUCUUUGUUUUUUGCUUACUUCUUUUUUAAAGUCUCUUUUGAACCUUCUUCCUCCUAGAAAAGCUAAAAUAAAAGUAUUAAAACAUAAUUUGAUUCAUUGGCCCUUUGUUUCCUAGAACCAGUUUAGGUGAGAUUUUUGUUACUUCUCAGAGCUGGAUUCUGCUGCUUGUAAAUCAGCACACUGUAAAGUAAAAUUGUUCACAGUGGGGACAAAUGCUUGGCAACAGAAUGAAGAUCAACUCAUUAAAGCAUGAGGGCUUGUUUGAGGAACAUGACAUCACAAUCCACUGCUUCUAGGGGUCCCUGGUAUCACGCAGCUCCUACAACCCCAAAUGUUGAGAAAAUGCAGAUAACACCACAUCCUACUCCAGAUUUGCUGGCAUUUAGAUAUUUCGAACAUUUUAGAGUGGAGUUUUACAGUAGCACACUGGAUUUAAAUUCAUGCUUUUUUUUAAAUGUGUGUUAGUCCAUAGCUGAAUAAACUGUUCUUAUGAAAUUUUACUUUUCAUGCCCGUGUGACUCGGUCCGGGAUGAGCGGAGGAAGAUGGAUGGAUGGCUUUUCAUGCAGUUGCUCAAAAGGCUUUUGGUUAAAAAAAUAAGGUUUUCCUUUUUCAUAACUACAAACAAUGACAAAGUCCCAUAAACUCAGGUACGAAUUUAAAAUGCUUAGAUUGUAGUAUUUUUUUCAUUCUAGUCAGUUGUUGAUGGUAAAACAUUCACAAAAACCAAAACAUCUAGUACUUUAAUGGUGUGCUAACAGUGUAGAAUCACAAAUCAAAGAAACCCUCUGAGCUUGUCUUGGGCAGUUUACAUUGUAAUUAUGUUCACCCAUAGGGAGUAAACUGUGAGUGAACUUCAUUUACUAGAGGAAAUGGACAAACCCCCUUACUUUCUGUCAAUGAUUCACCUGGACAAAGAGGUUUGGAAGGUAGCAGCGCUACUGACUUUACUGAACUCAAGAGAGAAACAGCAAAUUAGAAGCUCUGAACAUAUUUGACAGGAAUUCAUGUGGUAAGUUCUGUUUGAUUUGAGUUAUAUGUUUUAUAUUUUGAUUUCUAAGCUACAAAAAGAAGGACAUUGCAGAAGUACGAGCAAUCUUGGAAGCAGAUUUUAAUGUGGUGAGAUACUUUGCUGAUUUUGUUUAGCAAAAAAGCUUAGUAAGAAGUCAUUUUUAUAUUUUUAUUCUUGAAAAAAGAAACAUCGGGAAUUAAUUAUGGUAUCAAUAAUUUUUGAUGUUGCAUUUUGUAGGAUAAAUUUUUUAAGUAUAGGAACAGGGUGUUGAAAUGUAUUUUUUUUAUGUUGUCUACUUUAUUUUUCUCUGGUGACAGUGGAAUCACUGUCUAAUUUGUGACCAACAAUAAAGCUGGACACAGUGACUGUGUGUAGGUGUAGUCACUUCAUUAUCACAGCUCUGCCUCAGCAUUUUUCCAGCAGUAUUAGCCAGAUGCAGAGCUACUUUUCGCCAUGGCGACUGCACUUCAGUGACCACAUCAUGAGGGUGUGAGCUUGCAGGAAGCAGGAUCAUUAGAGUGUGACUGCACUCUUAACUCAUGUUCUAAUGCAUUUGUUCUGAUAGUCUUAAAAGUAGAAAAAAAUGUGCUUUUUGAAACAAAUUUCAGAUUAAAACUUGAUUCUGCUAAAAUCAGGUAAGUAAUCCUCUGAGUAUCAUUAUUGCAAUAUCAGUUUGUGGCCUUUUAAAAUAAAAAUAAACCUCUGUCACUUGAUUUAAUCAAUUUACUACUUUGAGCAUUUUACUACCUUAAGCAUUUGGAUUUACCUUCUAUGUUGAUAAAUAUAUUUUUGUGCAAUGGCUGUUGUAAAAAACUGAAUGACAGGAGGUUGUUCACUUGUACUCUCUAACACAUGGAUCAUUUGACCAUAAGUGACUGUUUUUAAUAAAUUUAAAGUACAGCCCAGUUGUCCAUCAAAAGCUUAUUUUGUUUGUUUUUUUAGACAUUUUUUGUGGUGAAAAAUGAACAGCAUGGAUUUGCCCUGCAGACAGAUUAAAGGGAGAGGAGAAUUCUGAAAGAAAACAAAUCUGUCCUGUCAAAGAAGACAAAGAUGAGACUUUUCCUGUACUACCUGACGUUGCUGGGAUCCAGCUUUGUGAUUUCAACUUAUGGGCCCCAUCACAGAGCACAGAUGACUGGGGAUAUUUUGCUUGGUGGUCUAUUCCCAAUACACUUUGGCGUUGCAUCUAAAGAUCAGGAUCUGGCAGCAAGACCAGAAUCCACACAGUGUGUCAGGUUCAAUUUUCGAGGUUUUCGUUGGCUCCAGGCUAUGGUCUUUGCAAUUGAUGAGAUUAACAACAGUAGCAUUCUUCUCCCCAACAUCACGCUGGGCUACAGGAUAUUUGACACCUGCAACACGGUUUCAAAAGCCUUGGAAGCCACGCUCAGUUUUGUGGCUCAAAAUAAAAUCGACUCUCUGAAUUUAGACGAGUUUUGCAAUUGCACUGAUCACAUCCCAUCCACCAUUGCAGUUGUGGGUCCUGCUGGAUCCACAGUCUCCACAGCAGUUGCAAACUUACUGGGUCUUUUUUAUAUUCCUCAGAUCAGCUAUGCCUCCUCAAGUCGCCUUCUGAGCAACAAGAAUCAAUACAAGUCCUUCAUGAGAACCAUUCCCACUGAUGAGCACCAGGCUACAGCCAUGGCAGACAUCAUUGAGUACUUCCAGUGGAACUGGGUCAUUGCUGUGGCUUCAGAUGACGACUACGGACGCCCAGGCAUUGAAAAGUUUGAAAAAGAAAUAGAGGAACGAGACAUCUGCAUUCACUUGAAUGAACUUAUUUCUCAGUAUUUUGAGGAUCACGAAAUUAAAGCUCUUGCUGACCGGAUUGAGAACUCCUCUGCUAAAGUCAUUGUUGUCUUUGCCAGUGCUCCAGACGUAGAGCCUCUAAUUAAAGAAAUGGCCAGUAGAAAUUUUACAGAUCGUAUAUGGCUGGCCAGUGAAGCGUGGGCAAGCUCCUCCCUCAUUGCCAAACCAGAAUACUUGGACGUUGUGGCUGGGACAAUUGGCUUUGCUCUAAAGGCAGGCCACAUUGCCGGGUUUAGAGAGUUUUUACAGCAAGUCCACCCUAAGAAAGACACUCACAAUGAAUUUGUCAGAGAGUUUUGGGAAGAAACUUUUAACUGUUAUUUGGAAGACAGUCCCAGACUUCAAGAAACUGGGAAGGGCAGCACUACGUUCAGACCUUUGUGUACUGGUGAGGAAGACAUCACCAGUGUGGAGACCCCCUACUUGGACUACACACAUCUACGGAUCUCCUAUAAUGCUUAUUUGGCAGUAUAUUCAAUUGCACAUGCUCUGCAUGACAUACUCACCUGCAGACCAGGACAAGGACUUUUUGCUAACAAUUCUUGUGCAGACAUCAAGACGAUGGAAGCAUGGCAGGUGUUAAAGCAGCUCAGACACUUGAACUACACCAAUAACAUGGGGGAAAAGAUGCAUUUUGAUGAAAAUGCAGAUCUGGCAGCAAACUACACCAUCAUAAACUGGCACAGAUCAUCAGAAGAUGGCUCUGUUGUCUUCAAGGAAAUAGGAUACUACAAUGUUCACAUCAAACGCGGAGCCAAGCUUUUUAUCGAAAAGAGCAAGAUUCUCUGGAAUGGUCAUGGUUCCGAGGUGCCAUUCUCUAAUUGCAGUGAGGACUGUGAACCUGGCACGAGGAAGGGGAUCAUCGACAGCAUGCCCACAUGUUGUUUUGAAUGCACAGAAUGUUCAGAUGGAGAAUACAGUAAUCAUAAAGGUAUUGAAAUGAAUAAUAAUCAAAUCCGCUUCACACACUACUCAGAUUUUUCUAAAAAAAAAAUGUUGUUUUUUUUUUCAAUUAAUGCAGAUUCCAGUGUUUGCACCAAGUGCCCAAAUAACUCAUGGUCCAACGGCAACCACACAUUCUGUUUCCUGAAGGAAAUUGAGUUUCUCUCCUGGACUGAACCAUUUGGCAUCGCUUUGACCAUAUUUGCUGUGCUUGGUGUUGUUUUUACAGCUUUUGUAAUGGGGGUGUUUGUUAGAUUUCGCAACACUCCAAUUGUAAAGGCUACAAAUCGAGAGCUGUCCUACGUGCUUCUGUUCUCACUCAUCUGCUGCUUCUCCAGCUCUCUAGUUUUUAUAGGAGAGCCACAGAACUGGACAUGCCGUUUGCGCCAACCAGCCUUUGGAAUAAGUUUUGUGCUUUGUAUUUCAUGUAUCCUUGUGAAAACCAACAGAGUUCUGUUAGUAUUCGAGGCCAAGAUUCCUACAAGUCUCCACCGUAAAUGGUGGGGACUAAACUUGCAGUUUCUUCUUGUGUUUCUGUGCACAUUUGUGCAAGUCAUGAUAUGUGUGGUGUGGCUUUACAACGCCCCUCCCUCCAGCUAUAGGAAUCAUGACAUUGAUGAAAUCAUAUUCAUCACAUGCAAUGAGGGUUCUGUGAUGGGUCUUGGAUUUCUCAUCGGAUAUACCUGCCUUUUGGCAGCCAUAUGCUUUUUCUUUGCUUUUAAAUCACGCAAACUACCAGAAAACUUCACAGAAGCAAAGUUCAUCACUUUUAGCAUGCUCAUAUUCUUCAUUGUUUGGAUCUCUUUUAUCCCUGCAUACUUUAGUACCUAUGGAAAGUUUGUUUCUGCCGUGGAGGUUAUUGCUAUUCUGGCAUCCAGCUUUGGGAUGCUGGCUUGCAUCUUCUUCAACAAGGUCUAUAUCAUCCUGUUUAAACCCUCAAGGAACACCAUAGAGGAAGUCCGCUGCAGCACAGCAGCACACGCCUUUAAGGUGGCAGCCAAAGCGACACUUAAGCAUAACACAUCUUCAAGGAGAAAGUCUGGAUCAUCAGGUUCAACGCCAUCUUUGACAAUGAGCUUCAAAACUAAUGAGGACUCAAAUUUAGACAUGAAUAGGCCACGGGUGAGCUUUGGUAGUGGAACUGUCAUGCUGUCCUUGAGCUUUGAGGAAUCCAGAAGAAGUUCUAUGUUGUAAAACAAAGACGUGUUUUUGUCAGACUUGGGCUACGUUCAUUCAGUCUUGGCAAAUCAGUGCAAAUGUGUGUGUGUACGUAGAGAAUGGACAAUACAUUUGCUCCGAUGAAACUCAAGCUCUUCAGAAAAUUGUACAAGGAACCCAGCACAGGCAUCUGCAAGAGGAGCAUCAUUAGGAACAAAGAUACCAGCAGCCUCACAAAACUAGUUCAUAAUUCUAGGAUAUCAAAGGAGAGAACAGUCAAGAUGCCUCAACUUGCAAGAAGCUCAAAAUCUAUUGAAAUCAUGUCAUAUUUUGUAAAUGUUAUCCACAAUUGAAGAUUUUUCAUCUGACUCACUCUUUCAAUAUAAUAAACUUUAACUAUUUAUGUAGUUGGUAAAAAAAAGUUUCUUUUUGAUAAUUUGCCUUUAAAAUAUAAAGUCUUGAAAUACUG